AUGGCCAUUACUGUUAAUGAACUUCCUGAGUGCCAAAACCGUCCACAAAAUGACAACUAUAAUGUUGGCGACAGUUAUAAAGACUCCAAAACUCUAUUUCUCGAGUACGAAGAGAGUGGUGACUACUGCGGUACUAGGGUGAGUUUACACUAUCUGGACGAACAACAACAAUAAAUUUUAUACAACUAAUACAAAUUACGUUUCCAUGGCAUCAGAAAGAGAAUUGCUCAGAAUUUCAAGUCAGUUAGUCACUGGGGGGGGGGGGGGUGCAUGCAAAACGAAAAUUCUUAUUGUCUAUUUUAAAAGAACUUUAAAAACAAUCGAGUAAAUUCUUGUGCAGUUUUUCGUUCCGUUGUUCGUCUUCGAGAUAUUUCAAUGACGCGUGUCAAGGUCUCUACGUCAUUGGUGAUUGAUUGUCUGGAAUUGUUACUACCUAUAAUUACUCAUCUAGUCAAUAGUUCGCUUAUCAAUGGAUAUUUUCCAACUGAUUGGAAAGAGGCUCUAGUAAAACCCCUUCUAAAAAACCCAGGACUAGCUGCUUUGUUCAACCAUCUGCGUCCGAUCAGUAACUUGCAGUUUAUCUCUAAACUAGUUGAGCGAGCAGUUUAUGAUCAGAUCUAUGACCAUUUGAUGUUGCAUGAUUUAUUCCCGGAGUAUCAGUCCGCAUACAGGCAAGGAUAUAGUACUGAGACCGCCCUUCUGAAGGUCCAAAACGACAUACUUUUGAAUAUGGAUUGUCAGCAGGUUACCCUUCUUGUUCUUCUGGACCUUAGUGCAGCGUUCGAUACUGUCGAUCACAGCAUUUUAUUGCACCGAUUGGAAACAUCUUUUGGGAUUACAGGAACUGUGCGAAAGUGGUUUGAAUCCUACCUAUCUGGACGAUGUCAGCGAAUAGCAUUUAAAGAUGGAAUCUCUGACAUUUUUCCAUUAACGUGUGGCGUACCUCAGGCCUCAUGUUUGGGACCGCUGCUUUUUACCAUGUAUGCAAGUAAACUAUUUGAUGUUAUUAAAGAACAUUUACCAACUGCGCAUGCAUAUGCUGAUGACACGCAGCUUUAUUUGUCGUUUAAACCAGGGAACGGUGCGAGUGAGGAAGAGAGUAUCGCAGCGAUGGAGACAUGCAUUAAGGCAGUACGUACGUGGAUGACUAAGGACAAAUUGAAACUGAAUGAUAAGUAUGAUAGUAAGACUGAGUUUUUGAUUAUCGGUACAAGGCAACAAUUAAAAAAAGUGAACAUUGUCUCGCUUCCUGUAGGCGAUGUCAACAUUACACCGGUAGCAUCUGCUAGGAAUUUGGGGACUGUGUUUGAUAGCAAUCUGUGUUUGGUACCCCAUAUCAACAAUACACUAUGAUGUAGACAAGCAUUUUUCCACCUACAUAAUAUUCGCAGAAUUAGAAAAUAUCUCUCCGUUGACGCAACUAAAAUCUUAGUCCAUGCCUUUAUCAUGGGAAGAGUGGAUUAUUGUAACAGCCUUCUCUAUGGUCUUCCAGCAAAGUCUGUAAAUAAGUUACAACGUGUACAGAAUGCGGCAGCCCGGCUGGUUUCCGGUGCUUCUCGUUUCAAUCACAUUACUCCAGUUUUAUAUGAGCUCCAUUGGCUGCCUGUCCAGGAGAGAAUAAUCUUUAAGAUAUCUGUAUUGACUUUUAAAGCAAUACAUGGAUUAGCGCCAUCAUACAUUAGUGAAAUGGUAACAGUUAUGAGACCAAGUAGCUAUCAGCUGCGCAGAAAUAAGGAACUAUUGAUAGAGCCAGCUAAUAACAGAAAUACGAAGAAGACUUUAGGUGAUAAAGCUUUUAGUUUUGCAGCUCCUACAGUUUUUAAUGCCUUGCCGCAUUUUAUCAGACGAGAUAGUAAUUUUAAUAGCUUUAAGUCUUCAUUGAAAACAUAUCUUUUUCAAAUUGCAUAUUGUACAUAGAUUUAUCCGCUUAUCUUAGCAUAUGUAAAUAUUAUUACUAUUACUAUAUCUUUGUUACGCGCAUUUGAUCAUAUUCUCAUGUAAAUUUGCGCGAUAUAAAUAUUAAAUUAUUAUUAUUAUUAUUAAAUAUAUACCUGAUGAGUUUCCUGAAAAUGUUAUAUUGUUGUUAGGCCAUAUAAAAAAAAUAGUUGGUUAGCGUCCUUAGCUUUUGCCAAAAAGUGGGCGGGCGGGCGCUUUUUUUUAAUUUUUACGAAUUUUUAACGCCUUGGUUUUACUCACUGUUAGGUCCGAAACUGGAUUUUCUUGCGCAGUACAGAUAUGUUUUUAUAUAUUUCAAAAUAUAAUUCAUACCGUCAUUUUCGCACGCAAUUUCGCAAAUUAUUAACACAAUUGACUACAGUCAACAGAAAUACUACAUAUAUUAGAGCCCGUUGAUCAAUAAAAGUCGGGUUUUUUUAAAUAAAAAAUAAAAAAAAAUCCUGAGCGGGGCCUUUUUUGUGGGCGUACGGGGACGCUAACCAACUAUUUUUUUUUAUGUGGCCUUAUGAAAUACAAUUACUAGAGAAUCCAGGCAUUUGAUGUUGUAGAACAACUCAAAUAACUAUACACAGAGUUCUAGGGAGUACGGAUGCAUGUUUCCCGGAUAUUUUUGAAAUUUUAAUAUCUGAAAUGGCAUUUCCUUCGUUCUGGGGACUGAAGAUUUCAAAUUACCCGCUAAAACUCGAUACAGCACAUCUUCAAGAUAUCUGUUCACAUGAACUUUUUGAAGUAUCUUUAAAUUCGCGUUUCGUUUUAAUUCAGAUAAUUCAAUUCGAUAAUUCGUUCCAUAUCCGAACAGCUCAAUUUUUGCCCGAAAUGAAUGCAUCAAUUUGCUGACUUAUUUAGGAGGGGGGAUGACCAUCAUGUCGUCUCCCUACCACAUUAUUACCUUUGGGAAUUUAUCUAUAAAUGCGCGCAAAUAAUAAAUACGUAUUUUAACUUCUGUAGCCAUCUACGACACCAGUACCUGAAUAUAAGCCUGCGACGAAGGAAACUAAAUCGCAGAUAUCUAUAUUUGGUAAAAUUACGCGAUAUCUGCGGCAGAAAAUCUUCGCUGACGACCACGAGCAAGUAUCUCCGCAUUACAAACGAUUAUUCCAGCGCGUUGGAGCCGACACUGAGCAGCACAAAUUUCAAGAUCCCGGGAAACGAAAUGGGCACACCUCAGAGCCGGACGAACUCGACUUCGCACCCGACGAGCAAGUAUAGAAGAAUCCGUACGAGGAACGAUAACAAAGAUUGCACAUGAACUGAAGCUUUUUGUAGAUUACUAGAAAUAGAACAGUAGACGAACAGAAAUAAGAACUGCAGACUGCAUUAGUUAAGUUUAUAAUGACUUUAUAUAAGGCCUUAAUUUUAGCGUAGAACUAAUUGAACUAUAUUGUUGGACCAGGAACUGGUCCCCAAUUGCUGCUAAUCUUCUUCUUGUUGACGCUCUUA